ACUGUCAUAGUCAACCAAUCCUGGGGCUCUGCCCAGCUAGGUACUGUCCGUGCGCUGAUCACUCUGGCUAGAGGCCUUUGCUGUGGUCACCGUCCCCGCACCGUGUCGCGUGAGGGACACUCCCGUUUGCCUUCUACCUUUGAUUGUGUGCCUGAGAUUUCCCCGACUCAUCCAAAGUCCAAGUCCAAGAGUGCAAGGCCCAGAAGGAGGUCCAGAUGGGGUUUAUAUUCUCAAAAUCUAUGAACGAAAACAUGAAAAACCAACAGGAGUUCAUGGUUAGUCAUGCUCAACUUCAGCUGGAAAGGCAGCUGACCUUGCAGAAUGAGAUGAGAGAGAGGCAAAUGGCUAUGCAGAUCGCCUGGUCUCGGGAAUUCCUCAAAUAUUUUGGAACAUUUUUUGGCAUUGCAACCAUCUCUUUAGCAGCUGGAGCAAUAAAGCGAAAGAAGCCAGCCUUUCUCGUUCCUAUAGUUCCACUAAGCUUCAUCUUCACCUACCAGUAUGACCUGGGCUACGGAACUCUUCUACAAAGGAUGAAAAGUGAAGCUGAAGACAUACUGGAAACAGAAAAGACAAAGUUGGAGCUGCCAAAAGGACUGAUCACCUUUGAAAGCCUUGAAAAAGCCAGAAGGGAGCAGUAUAGAUUCUUCUCAGACAAAUGAAGUCACAGUUAUCCUCAAAGCACAUAUUGUGUCUCAAAAGCACAAAAUUGUUGGCUUGAAUCAUGGUGUUUACAGUUUUUUAAAUGAUCAAGAUUUUGAUACAAUGCAUUUUUAUUUUAGAAUAUUAAAAUUCGAAAUGAAUUUGUGGAACUAUUUUAAAGUAAAAUUUCUAACACUCAGCCAAAUCAUGUCAGUAUUCUAAAUAACAUUCAAAUUUAUUGUGUGUAUGUGUGUUUUACAAGUAUCCAAGUACAAAAUAAAUAAAUUACAUUGUUAUGAAUUUGA